AUGGCUUCGCAGAGGCAGAACAGAAAGGUUCCUCUGGUGGCCUCGCUCUCGCUUCCGGUUGCCGAUGCACUCAUCACCCCGGAUCAGAUCCGCGAGGCGGCAUCGGCGUCGCUGGCUGGCGAGACACCCAGUCCGCUCCCACCGAGCCACCCGCUGGCUCUGCCGUAUUUUUCCGAGCUGGCCACAGAGACCAACCUGAACAAGGCGCCGCUCAACUGGCUGGCAGCGCCAUCGCCAGCUGCGCUGGCGCCGUCGGGCGCGCUGCGGGCCAGUGGCGAGCUGGCGGCGUCCGAGCUGGCAGCCUAUGGUGAAGACGCCGACAUCCUUGCCCCGACCGCCAACAUGAAGAAGAUCUUCAAGAUGACUUACUCGCGGGCGCCAGUCUCCAUGGCAGUCCACCGCAUCGGGUCGACCCUGGUGCUCGACGGAGCCAUCGACCCGUUCCAGGUCCCUGUCGACGGACCAUCGGACCCGAUGCCACCCAAGAAGGCCUCACCCGAUGACCGCAUUCUCUACUCCAAGUUCAUGUACCAUCAGAUGGGCCAGGCAAACGGGGGCGCUCAGCCACAGCCGCCGCCGCAGUCUCAGCCUGGCGGCCCAGAGGCCGCGGUCCAGGCGGUCAUGGAGGACCCAGCCAUCCCGCUCCCGGCCUCGUCCAAGUUUACUCGCACCUUUGCCUUUAAGCUCCGCGACUCGAACCUGAUUCUCGGCUCGGAUCUGCUUGUCUUCUCCUCGGUCGGCCACCCUGCCAUCUCACUCAAGCUGCACUCGAUCGAGGAGGAGAUCACCCGCUCAACCUCGCUCGACUACUGGCUGGACAACGUGCUGGCAGAUGUGCCCGAGCUCUGCAUCUGCUACCACAAGGGCGGCUUUGUCCAGGGCUACCAAAUCGUCCGUACCGAGGACAUUCCGUUCCUCACCGCCCCGGCUUCGUCGUCGUCGGCUUCAUCGUCGUCGGCCUCAUCGUCGUCCGCCGAGUCACCGAAGCGCAAGCCUUGCGAGGCGGGCCGGAAGUCGCGAACCCCGGCCUUCCAGCCGGCUGUGGUCGAGCAGACGGCAGCCUCGGUCGUGCAGUUCCUCAAGGAUCAUGCCACUCGAGACGGUGGUACCUACUGGCUGUACAAAGGCACUGGUGAGUCCAUGCUUCGGCUGUACGACCUCUCGCCACCCUCACCCUCGCCCGCGGCAUCAACAUCGGCAACGGGGUCGGCAGCAGACGGCAUGGCUCCCGCAGCAUCACCGCAGCCGCAGCCGCAGCCCACACAGCCGGCAGCCUCAUCCGACCCACCGCCGUUUGCCUUUGCCGUCGCUAUGCUCUGCUACAGGCUCGGCUUUAAGCUUAUGGAGCCUGGCAAGAGUCGCCCGCACGUCGAACGUGCGCGGUCGCUCUUUGAGCGCGCGCUUGACUUGCUCAACCCGCGGCUGCGGCCAGGCGUGCACGUCGCUGUCACACGCAAGCUCGCCGAGACCUACAUCGCGCAGUACCGUCCGGGCUCACAGCUCACCCGCAUGCUCUCCAAGACUCUCGUCAACGCUGAUCCAACCGAGGCAGAGUUGGGCGGUAGCCAGAGCAGCGACGGUCUUGUCGCGCCCAUCGUUGCCCGCGACAUGUACAACGAUGCCGGUGAGGUCGAGGCCUACGUCCGUGCUGGCACCCUGCUCACCGAUGCGCUCCGAACUCUGGUCCGCAUGCGCCACGACACACCGCCCGGCCCGGUCGGCCCGCUCGUUGAUGUACCCAAGCUCUGGGCCGAGGUUCUCGGCCUCCUCGCCGAAAUCCACCUCUACCUCGCGUACUCGAGCAUCAAGCACCGCGCACCAGCGUCGGCGCUCCGGCACAUCACCCACGCCCUCGUUGCUGCUCACCUUGUCAACGAAGGUGGCAGUGAGAGCAGCGGAGAGAGCGAGAUCCUGGCCGCGACUGUCGCCCGCGCGCUAGCGACACUUGCGCUCGGCGAUGUGGUUGUCAUUGCCCGCGAUGGCUCAGAUCGCGCUGUCGAGCUCUGCCGCGAGCCCGGCAGCGUCGUCGACGGCAUCCUCGGUCCACAGUCGGCGCCGCUCAUGCUCACGCCAUCAGCAAAGCACUCAGACGCCGACGCCAUGGCCGAUGAGACGUUUGAAUUCAACACCGACGCGCUCGGCAUCGACUGUGACGACGAGUACGACCUGGAACACGUCGGGCUCGCGGCACGGCUCAAGCUUGAGGUGCUGAAUGCCAAGGCUGUGGCCCGGUCGCACGCGGCUGUCCGCAGCACACUCGCGCCGGCUCUUGCGGCACUGGCGUCGUUUGCGGCUUCGGGCGCCGAGCAAAUCGAGGUCUACGCCACCAUGCUCUCGUACUGUAAGCUCGGCCUCGCGCUCGUCGUCGCGCAUGACGCACUCGACAGCGCGCGGUGCGAGAUUCAAGCCCGCACGGGCGCGCUGCACAACCUCAUUGGCUCGUGCUACCUCGAGACACACCGGUUCACCAAGGGACUGCGCGAGCUGCGUGCGGCUGAGAAGGCCUUUGCCGACCUCCCGGACUCACCGCGAGCGACGCUCAAUCUUGCGGGCGUGCUGGCCAAUGAGGCCCGGGCGCAUCGACUGCGGGCUAUGCACGAAGCUGCAAGCCAGGCCAACUCGGAGAGCCUGUAUACGUCAGCGGUGAACGCGUAUCUGCGCGCGUCCAAGAUGCUCGCCGCUGCGCACCUCGACCAUACCGCUUUGUUCUCCGACAUCAACUCGGGCCUCGGCGGCACGUACCUCUCGAUCGCCAUGGAGCUCAUGGAGGGCGGUGGGCCGGCAGCCGGCAGCGGCGACCAGGCCUUGGCUACCAUCCGCAAGCAGCUCGAGUGUGCAGAGCGUGCAUACGAGAUGGCGGCCAACACAUCGCGAGUUGUCCUAGUCAAGGUCCAGAUGGCGCGGCUGUACGCGCUUGCGCUCGGCGACUGGUCCGGCAUCAGCAACGUACAGGCCAAGACCAAGGUGACCAAGGUGAUCUUUGGCAAGGCACUGGCGGCCGCCACCGCCGCCGGCGACUUGCUCUCCAAGCUCUCGGUCCUCACCAUGGAGUUAGAACUGUUUACCAAGACCCACAAGUGGCGGCCUCCGGCACGGGUCGCGCUCGAGCUCACCACCCUCGCUGCCGGCAUACUCGCCGGAAGCGGACCAACGGCACCCGAGGUGGCGGCCAAGACUAGCGUGGCACUCAACAUUGUGCGGCUUUGGCUGCGCGAUGCACGCUCAAGGCAGCAUACCGUGCUGCGCUGA